AUGAGCUCGCGGGGUUUACAGACGGGCGAAGUUGGAUGUGACACACUUGCAUCGGACGCACCUGACGAGCCAGCCUCAACGUCAUCAUCAUCUCCAUCGUCGUUUACUAGACCCCGUCGAAACGUCGCGCACGCUCAUAAGAAUGCAGCGAAAGGGAAAGUGCUGGCGCCAGGCAGGUUUCACGAAUUGUUUCGAAAGUAUUUGCACAAGUUUCGAGGCAAGGCGUGUUAUAUCGACCCUGAGAUGCCUGCGUCAUGGGCUCGUGCAGCGCGGCGGGCAGUCUACGCUUAUGGUGCGCGUCUGCAGCCGUAUUUUGACGCUGCUCUGUAUUGCGUGAUCACCCAUAGAGCGCCUGGUGAUUGUUCGCCGACGCUCGAACGUGCGCGACGGUGGCGGAUCCAUCUUUUACAUUGCACGGACGGUCGGGUGCAGCGCUGGAUCCGCGUCGGCGAAUACGCAGCGGAAUGGGCGCUGGCUGGUCUGCGAGCUUCGGCUGACGUUCAUUGUAUUGGCACGGCUGACGGAAAAGAGAACACCCCUGCACCAGUUGCAUCAAGAUGGAGAAGAAGAGGCGUUUCGAGCGUGCCCGCCGUGAAGCCCGACAUACUCAAGCUACCGCGAGCAUCCGGACCCGAAGCAUGUCUGGCCCCGUCGAAUGAUCCACACAGGAGCCGAUGUACUGGAACUCCGUUGCAGUGGCCAUCGCAGCAUGCACUUGUUUGUACCGAGGUCUUGACGUUGACGCCGACGGCGUCGAACGCGCUAUCGAUUUCCGGUGUGGAACGUAUUGCCGAGGCUGGAGCGUCUGCAAUCACACCUAUAGCGACUGCCGCAUCAGUGUUGCGUUCUGCACGCGAGACCAGCACCUGUCUAGAGCAAGGUGGUGCGGCGAUGUCGGCGGAGGAACCGAUGCAUUCGGGUUAUUGUGAGCUUUGCAGCACGAGAUUCCAGCAUUAUGCCGUACACCUCAAAUCCUCCGAACAUAGCCGACGUAGCAGGCGCAUUGAUUGGCGUCCACUCGAUGCGCUGGCUAUGGCGAUCUACACAGAGAGAUUGCGUGAGCGCUCGAGCCUCGCGAGGGCGAUUGCCGCAUCCGUACCGGUUUCGCCGAUCUCGAGCAGGGAUAGCUCUGUGAUUUCAGAUAUGUCUUCGAGUUUGGGUGCCGCUUCCUUUAUCGCGAAGCAGCAAGCCGGCGGGAAAGGCUCCGAAAGCCCGACAGGACCAUUGCUGUACGCCGCAGCUGCUUCCGAGGACAGCGUGCGGAAUCGGCUACUAGUCGGCUAG